AUGAGUUUAUUGAAUGGUUAUAUUGGAAAGAAAGUUAUUCAUUAUAAUUUCCUCAUAUGUAAAAACUGUACAAGAAAGAUAAUAGAAGAAUAUGAGUUUUUCUAUGAUAAACAGAAAAUGAAUUUUGUUCUUAUUCUUUCGAUGUGCAAGAAGGUAAUGAAUGAAGUGAUACUUUGUGAAGAUAUUGAUAUUAAAAAACAAUAUUACCUUGAUGUCCUCACCAAAAGAUGGAACAUACAAUAUUUGAGAAUGAAGAAUGGAAUCAAUAAUGAUGUUAUCAUUGGUACUGACAUUGAGAAAUUCAAUGGGAUAUGGUUGUUUCUAUGA